CUGUGCUCUCUGCGCCGCGCUCUUCACCCAUUGAGGCCGCGGGUGGGUGCGCGGCGGGGUCCCCCCCCCGCCCCUCUCUGUCCUUAUCCAUGACCUUGGGCCCCUGCGCACGGGGUGGGGGGCUCGGGGGUACCUCCUCACAACCGGGCGCCGCCGCUCCGCGAAGGGGCUGGAGGGGUUCGGGGAUCCCCCACCCCUCGAGGGCAGCGGGGACGGCCGGGCACCCCCACCUCCCCCCCGGGCAGGGGGUCCGCGCUCGCCCCGUUGGGGGCAGCCAUGCGUGGCGGCUUUGUCCUGCGGCUGAGCCGAGCGGCGAGGGGGGGGCGGCGGGCGCAGCCGGCGCGGUGCCUUUGUCUGGGGACGGCAGUGGGUGGCGGCGGAGGGGCGCGGGGACCCCGGGCACCCACCGCGAUUGGCACAGGCGUGGAGGGAAGCCCAUGGCACCCGGCCCCCCGGACCCCCCCCCUUCCCAGCCCCAGCCCUGCUGCGCAGGCCCAUAGCACCCCAAGGUCCCCCCCGGGCAGUGCUGGGGAGCACGAGCAGGUGCCCCCCGCCCCGCCGAGCCAUGCGGCAUCGCCCGGCCCCCCGCCCGCCGCAGCCAUGAGCGGCCCCCGCCGCAACGGGGGGGUCCCGAGCGCCUCGCCCCGCAGCCCCCCCCCGUUAGAGGCCCAGAGCCCAGCGCUGCGGCCCCGCCGCGCCCCCGGCCUCGAGGUGGUGGUGCAGCCCCCGGCCCCCCCAGGGAGGGGCGAUGCGGCCGAGGGGCGGGGGGGGCCGCGGCGGAACCAAAACAUCGGCUACAAACUGGGCCACCGGCGCGCCCUGUUCGAGAAGCGCAAACGGCUCAGCGACUACGCGCUCAUCUUCGGGAUGUUCGGCAUCGUGGUGAUGGUCACCGAGACGGAGCUCUCCUGGGGGGUCUACACCAAGGAGUCCUCGUACUCGUUUGCACUGAAAUGCCUUAUCAGCCUCUCCACCGUCAUCCUGCUGGGGCUCAUAGUCAUGUACCACGCCAGGGAGAUCCAGCUCUUCAUGGUGGACAACGGGGCGGACGAUUGGCGCAUCGCCAUGACCUACGAGCGCAUCUUCUUCAUCGCUCUGGAGCUGCUGGUCUGCGCCAUCCACCCCAUCCCCGGGCAGUACCUGUUCACCUGGACGGCACGUUUGGCCUUCACCUACGCCGCUUCGGUGGCCGACGCCGACGUGGACAUCAUCCUGUCCAUCCCCAUGUUCCUUCGGCUCUACCUGAUCGGGCGCGUCAUGCUGCUGCACAGCAAGCUCUUCACCGACGCGUCGUCGCGCAGCAUCGGCGCCCUCAACAAGAUCAACUUCAACACCCGCUUUGUCAUGAAGACCCUCAUGACCAUCUGCCCCGGCACCGUGCUCUUGGUCUUCAGCAUCUCCUCCUGGAUCAUCGCCGCCUGGACCGUCCGCGUCUGCGAGAGGGACAAACUGUACCACGACAAGCAGGAGGUGACCAGCAACUUCCUGGGGGCCAUGUGGCUCAUCUCCAUCACCUUCCUCUCCAUCGGCUACGGGGACAUGGUGCCGCACACCUACUGCGGGAAGGGGGUCUGUCUGCUCACCGGCAUCAUGGGCGCCGGCUGCACGGCUCUGGUCGUCGCCGUGGUUGCCAGAAAGCUAGAGCUCACCAAAGCAGAGAAACACGUGCACAACUUCAUGAUGGAUACGCAGCUAACCAAGCGGGUGAAAAACGCUGCUGCCAACGUACUCAGGGAAACGUGGCUCAUCUACAAACACACCAAGCUGGUGAAGAAGAUCGACCAUGCCAAAGUUCGGAAACACCAGCGUAAGUUCCUCCAAGCCAUCCAUCAAGCUCAGAAGCUGAGGAGCGUGAAGAUGGAGCAACGCAAGCUGAAUGACCAGGCCAACACGCUGGUGGACCUGGCCAAGACCCAGAACAUCAUGUACGACAUGGUCUCGGAGCUGCAGGAGCGCAACGAGGACCUGGAGAAGCGCAUCAGCGCGCUGGAGGGGAAGCUGGAGGCGCUGGGGCUGAGCCUGCUGGCGCUGCCGGCGCUCGUCAGCCAAGCCAUCGGGCAGCAGCAGCGCGAGCUGUUGGGGAGCUGGGCCCCCCGCCUCUGCCCCGCCACCGCCCCCUGCACCCCCGCCCGCCGCCGCCGGUCCCCCUCCACCGCCCCCCACAGCUCCUCGGACAGUGGGUGACCGUGGGGGGGGGGGGGAGGGGGGUAUGGGGGGGCGUGGGAGGGGGUGGGCCGGGGUCCCUUAUGUCUGGCCAUCGUGUGGCUGAUUUCAGUAGCUUUGUUCUGUAAAGCCCUCUAUAAACUUCCUGCGUUCACUGUG